AUGACAGAUGCGCUGGAAUCACUCACUGGUUCAUGCAAACGAAAUCCCGUAAUACCAGUGCUGUUGCCACAAUCUAUCGAACUCUAUAUUGCCUGGUUGUCUAUAUUGAAAGCAGGCGCUGCAGUGUGCCCUCUUAACCUGGAUGCACCUCCUGAGCGAAUCAAGUAUAUCGCGAAUGAUGUUGGUGCAGACAUCAUCGUUACCACACGGUCAUUAGCUAGCAGGCUGAAGCAUCUCGACAAUCAUAUCCAAACUAUCAUAACGGAAGAUGUUGAUAUAAACGCCAAAAAUAUUGACAGGUUCCAAGCUCCUCAAAUAGAUGCGGAUGACAUCGCGUAUGUGGAAUACACAUCUGGCUCUACAGGUCUUCCCAAAGGGGUUGCUGUUUCGCAUCGUGCUGCCACUCAAUCAUUGCUUGCUCAUGACAAAUGGAUCCCGCCUUUCAAGAGAUUCUUGCAAUUUGCCUCGCCAACUUUUGACGUGUCCAUUUUUGAGAUCAUUUUCCCACUGUUUCGUGGCGUUACUCUUGUCGGAUGUGACCGCAAUUUAAUGCUAGGAGAUCUUCCGCGAAUUAUAACAGAACUGGAUGUGGAUGGAGCCGAGCUCACCCCAACUGUGGCAGGGGAAUUGCUCCAGAGAAGAUCUGCAGCCCCAUGUUUAAAGGUGCUGCUAACGAUUGGGGAGAUGCUAACAAGGAAAGUGGUUGACGAAUUCGGAUCCUCACCCAAUAAGGAUGGCAUCCUUUAUGCAAUGUAUGGCCCAACAGAAGCAGCAAUUCAUUGUACCCUUGCACCAAAUAUUUCAGCAGAAUCUCGUGUUGGGAAUAUUGGUGUUCCCCUCCAGACAGUGUCCACUUUUAUUGUAUCCCCACAAUUUCCUGAUUCCAAUCCUAGUGAUGAACCUGAAAUUCUUCCGAUUGGCCAUAUUGGAGAGCUUGCGAUCGGUGGUCCGCAACUUGCAGAAUGUUACAUAAACCGCGAAGAGGAAACUAAGAAAGCCUUCUUGGUUACUGGAAGGAAGAAUAUCGACCGGCCAAGUGUGCCGCAAAUGGCUGCCAAAUUUAUGAUCCCUGGAGAUGUCGAGCUCCUGGAUAACCUCCCCAGACUUCCAUCGGGGAAAAUCGAUAAUGCAGCUCUGGAACGCGACUAUUCUGAGCGGAGAAACUUGCAACGCACAGAUACCACGGGGUUCGAUGAUCAAAUGCAGAGGAAAAUAGCCUCAUGUGUUGAAGAUGUUUUAAACUUAAGCGUUGGAAAAUCGACUAGCCUAACUCAAGCCGGUCUCGACUCUCUUAAAGCAAUUAAACUGGCAUCCGUUUUGCGAAAUGCCGGUAUAAACAUUGACGUGUUGGGAAUUCUAGAAGCGGACUCCAUCCCGGGAAUUGCGGCCCGCUCCCACGAAUCCAACACUGAUGCUCUGACGAUAACGGGGAAAUUCGAGUCUGACAACUGGAAAUGCGUCGUGAAUGCGACAUUCGAUGCCCCCAAAUUAAAUGGGUACUUAACAGAUGUUGUGGACGUCGUUCCUUGCAGCCCUGUGCAAAUGGCCAUGCUCUCGGAAACUAUGCGUGAUCCGAAAGCAUAUUUGAAUUGGAUAGAAUUACAAUUUCAUGAAAGUAUCCGAAUAAAUGAUGUUAAGCACGCUUUCUACGAGAUCGGAUUGAAAAACGAGAUACUUCGGUCUAGUUUUAUUCCAACCGAUUACCCUAACCAUUCUCAUGUUCAAGUGAUCUGGAACAAAUUGGGCGGGGAUAAGGUCCAGGAAGUGUCAGAAUUGAAACACGACUCAUCCAGCCAUGAAUAUCCUUUACUGAAUCCAUUUUAUGUUGAACUUACAGAGAUAGAUGACCGAAUUCAUGCACUGGUUCACAUCCAUCAUGCCGUGUAA